AUGGUGAACCAGCCCCGCGCCGCGGGCAGCCUGCGAGCUGAAAGCAGCCGGCACACAAGCGGGGAGACAGAGGGCACCUCGGCAUCCAACUACAGAAAACUUGGCUUAAGCACAGCCCAGCGGAAGAAAAGUGGCUUGAAACCUGAACUUACAGAAGAGCAAAAGCAGGAGAUCAGAGAAGCUUUUGAUUUGUUUGAUACUGAUGGAUCUGGAAGCAUCGACAUAAAAGAACUGAAGGUUGCGAUGCGUGCUUUAGGCUUUGAGCCGAAGAAGGAAGAAAUUAAGAAAAUGAUAGCAGAUAUUGACAAGGAAGGAAGUGGCACCAUUGACUUUGAAGACUUUUUAGCUAUGAUGACACAAAAAAUGAGUGAAAAAGAUUCAAAGGAAGAAAUCUUGAAAGCUUUCAGAUUGUUUGAUGAUGACGGGACAGGAAAGAUUUCAUUCAAAAACUUGAAAAGGGUUGCCAAGGAGCUGGGAGAAAAUUUAACAGAUGAAGAACUUCAGGAAAUGAUUGAUGAAGCUGAUCGAGACGGAGAUGGAGAAGUGAGCGAGCAAGAAUUUUUGAGAAUCAUGAAGAAAACUAGCUUAUAUUAAUCCGUUGCCUUGCUAUACAGCUGCUCCAAAAGAUAACCUGGAAAAAGACUUAAAAACUGGGCUUGUGCCUCCUGCGUAUUUUCUGCCAUAUAAAGAUAGCCUGAAAGGACAGAAUUUUGGUUCAUUCUUCUUUUUCAGCCAAGUUAAUUGGGGAAGGGGAGCUUCAGUACCCAGAACUGUUAAAAUGAGAUACUGCAGAAACAAAAGGAAGGAUGAACUGAACCUGCCAGGCAGGGUCCCUUCCCCUCAACAAUGUUACUGAUUGCCAUUUUAGAUACAAAACACUGUGUUUCAACUAUUUAACUAAAAGAGAUGUGAAGAUUCCUACUGCUGCUGGGAAAGGUCACUUUUGACUCUCCUAAGGCUACAGAAUGAAGGCACAAGCACAGUAUUUUAAUUCCUUUUAAGGCUUUGAGGUUAUCUUUUGGUAUGUGUCUCCUUUUGUUUAUUUCCAUGGAAGACUCUAAAACCAAUGGCAUAUCUGUAUUUAUUUCUGUACGAAGCACUGUUCUCCCACGGCAAGUUGGUUUUGGACCUAAUGGAAAGCAAGUGUAGAUAAUCAGAUGUGGUGUUUCAGUUGGAGUUGUGUGGCAGCAGUAGAUGUUCUUCUGUUUCUCCCAUCAUCUGAAACCUAGUUCACUUGAAUGUAACCUGCUUGGAUUAUCAAAGCUUUUUGUAUAACCAGCAUCUUGUGCCAUUGUUCUUCCUCCCAAGAUCUUACAGAGCUGCUGUUAUGUCAGGAUUUUAGGUACCUAAAAAAUUCAGUUCUGUGGUGCACUAAGGUAAAUUAUGUCUUUGGCCAUUUACAAGUCAAGUUGCAGGGAGGACUCGCAUCUAAACUGAAAAAAUAUUCACCUUGGACAGCUGUGGAACACUGACUAUAUUUACAUCCAUGCAUCCACAUUCAUUUCAGACAUCACAGGCUUGGGUUUUUUUGUUUGGGUUUUUUUUUUUUUUCAGGAGUACCUUCAUUUUCUCAAGUACUUCUUGCAUAUACUGUCAGUCUAGGACUUACUAGAGUGCCACAUUUCCUUCUGUAUUAUGGUGACAGAGCAGUGACACACAACAUGGCAUCCAGUUAUGUGGGUCUGCAGAAGGGUUUAUCCUUGGGUCCCAAUUAGACAAUAAUCCUAAAUAAUAUCACUCUCUAAUAAGGCAUCUGAAGGAGAGUUUGGUACGGCUUACGGUGAAGUGGCAAGUAGGUAGCAAAACAUUCAGAAGGGUUCAAUGGGAAGAGGAGGGAACAAACAGGAUUUCACCAGUAUCCGUUAAGAUCCCUCUCUUCUUCAGACAGCUUCUGCUGCCUGACAGCACUAACGACAUUUAUAGAAGAAAGGAAGAGCUAGUUCCUGGAUUCGCUCCUCAGCACAGCUGCUCUCAUGAGCUGUAAGGGCCCAGCAGGGGGAGAAUUCAUUUCAGGAGUGGAAAAGAGAAGUCUUCAUUUGCUUAUCUUCUUCUCAGCGUGCAGAUGCAGACUGGGCCUCAGUCCUCUGGGUUUUGCGCUCUGAACAACUCUAAACAGACCCUCUCUAGCCUGUGCAGAAGUAGGCUUAAACCUGUGGGAGGCACAGGGAUUGUGUAGGACCCUGGAAAA